UCUUGCUACUAUUUCCACGAUUCCCUUUCUUCUCUCUAUCUACAACUUCAUUCUCCCAAUCUUCACAAGUUGUCUUUGUCUUCUACGAGUCUCAUCUUUGUGUUUACAUUUUGAACCAUUUCAGUCAUAUCUCCAUUCUCAUUUACUCUGUUUUAUCCCUUUUAGUCCACUUUACCAAGCUCUCAUGGAUUUCGUUGGGCCAUUUGUUGGUGUUAUUGACACAUAUCUGAUUGCUCCCCUUGGUCGACAGAUAAACUACUUGAAAAGCUCCAAUAACAAUGUCAAUGACCUUCAAGAUGUAGUUCGAAAGCUGAAGGCAAGGAGGGAUGAUGAGGAAACAACUCUAAAAGCAGCAGAAAACACUGGACAAGAGAAGACUGCCGUAGCACACGAUUGGUUCGAGUCUGUAGAUGGAAUCGAUAAGGAUGCCCAAGUCAUAGAAACAAAGUACAAUCAAGGAAGGUGUGCAGGGGGUUGGUGUGUGAACUACUGGUCACGCUACAAAUUGAGCAAGAGUUCUCUAAGCCUCAAGCAAAAGGCUAUUGAUAGGCUCAGUGAACAAUUUGUUGUGGCAAAGCCUCCUUCUCUAAAAUCUGUGAUAGAGAUGCCAACCGAGCCAUUCCAGAACCAGACAUCAACUCAACGCAUGCUGCAGAAGAUGCUUGAUUGUAUAGGUGAUCCAGAAAUUGGUAUCUUUGGAGUAUAUGGUAUGGGGGGAGUGGGUAAAACCACACUGGCCAAAGAAGUAAACAAUCACUUCAAGAAUGAUUCUUGUUUUGAGUCUGUGAUAAUGGUCACAGUGUCUGCCACUCCCAAGAUACCUAGUAUCCAAAAUAGUAUCGGUAAGCGCAUCGGAUUACCAGAUAAUGGUAGGACUGGUGAUGCAUUGUUCGAAGCCUUAAGCAAGAAGAAAUUUCUCAUAAUUUUGGAUGAUGUGUGGAGAAAAAUAAAGCUCGAGGAUGUUGGAAUCCCUCACCCAGCUCAAAACAACAAAGGGAGCAAGAUUCUUGUGACUAGCCGAAAUCAAGAUACUUGCACUGAUAUGGGUGCUAGUCAAACAAUAAAAGUGCAGCCAUUGUCUGAAGCUGAGUCGUGGGAGCUCUUCGUCAAAGUAGCUGGUAAACAUGUUGUUGCCAAUGACAUAAAGCGCUUCGCUGAAAAAAUUGUUGAAAGGUGUCAGGGUCUUCCCCUGGCAAUUGUCACUGUCGGCCGGGCAAUGGCAAAUCGACAUGGAGUUGGGGUGUGGAAGAAUGCCUCAAGAGAAAUGAAGCAAUCAGCUAAAGAUCUCCGAGGUAUGAUAGAUGAAGUACUUGUUCCUUUGAAAUUCAGUUUCGAUAGAUUAGAGAAUGAUAUGCUUAGGAGUCUAUUUCUUUACUGUGCCUGUUUCCCUGAAGAUUAUGACAUAAGGGUAGAAGAUGAGAUGUUAAAUUAUUGCGUUGGAGAGGGAUUAAUAGAUAGAUUAGGGAGUUUGAAAGCUGCUAGAGAUAAAUGUGAGGAUCUGAUUGAGAGCUUGAAAAUUAGUUGCAUGUUGGAAGAUGGAGGGUCUGAAGGUAGUGUAAGGGUGCAUGAUAUGAUGCAAGAGCUCGCACUUUGGAUUACAUCUUCGGAGUCCGAUAGUAGCCCCAAGUUCUUGAUUAGGAAUGGUGAAUCAGUUAAAGAGGCACCAAAGGCUCAUGAGUGGGUAGAUGCAACAAAGAUUUCACUAAUAAAUACCCAAAUAGAGGAGUUGCCGGAGUUGGGAGAGAGUUGCCCAAAACUAAACACUUUGCUAUACAGAUACACAUUUCUACACGCGGAGGUGAUUCACAAUUUAAUUCCCCCAACAAAUUUCUUCCAACACAUGGAUCAUCUUAGCGUACUUGAUCUUUCUAACACAGAUUUGGAAUAUCUCCCAGAUUCCUUAUCAUGUUUGGUGAAUCUUCUUGUGCUAAGGCUACAGUGGUGUAGAAAGUUGAGAGCAUUGCCUAAACUGGGAAUGCUCCGACAACUCCAAUUUUUAGAUUUGAGUUGGUGUGGAAAGUUGGACCAGGAAAUCCUGGGAUCUGAAUGCGUGGAAGGUGUAAGCAGCAAUUUAAGAUACUUGAAUGUGGAAUAUUCUGAAGUUUCUAUUCCAGUGGGGGUAAUUUCUCGUUUGCACAAAUUGGAGGAAUUGGGAUUGUAUAAAGCAGAGAAAAUAAAAUGGAAAAUGAGUGCUGCAGUCUCCUCCUCCUCCUCCUCCUCCUCCUCCUCCAUUAAUAUGAUUCAUGAUGUGGGAGAGUUCUCCAGCUUGACCUCUUUAACAUCUCUUUCCAUUUUCUUUGAAGAUGUCAUUAUUUCUGAUUGGUUCAAACCUUUGGCCAAGACGAUGACGUAUUUAAGGCUGAGACGUUGCAGAGUCAUAAAACAAGAUGCUCUACAAGCUCUCAAUGAAUCCCCAAAUCUAAGGAACUUAAGAUUUCAGGAUUGCUUGGGUGUGACAUGGGUGCCCACUCGUGUUGCAGGUGAUGUUGAAAUAGAUAAUUGUGAGGAUUUGGAGGUGCUGUUGGAUGGAACAGAGGAGGAUGUCUACCAACAAGAUUCAUUUAAGGUAUUAUGGCUAACAAGAUUGCCAAAAUUGAAAAGGAUAUGUGUUAGUCUAGCACCAUUAAAUUGCUUUGCUCAACUACAAACGUUAGGAUUAUGGGGAUGCAAUAGCUUGAAGAUGGUCUUUUCGAAGGGAAUGCCACGCCUGUUCAACAACUUGGAGGUAAUUAGUAUUACGGAGUGUGAGAGAAUGGAAGUAAUAAUUGAAGGAGAAGAGGAAGAAGGAGAGCUGGUGUUGGAGGAAGGGCGGAGGAAGAGUAAUGUUAAUGGUGGAGGAGUCAUCAUCAUCUCCCCCUUCCCAAGAUUGAGAGACUUAAAUUUAACAGAUCUACCAUUACUGGCUGAGUUGUACUCCAAUCACAUCUUGGAUUGCCCCCUUAUUAAAGAAGUGAGGGUGAGAGACUGUCCCAGGUUAAAGCAGAAUCCUCUCCAACUUCGAAACGCGGAAGGGUUAAUUGUCCCAUCGUUGACAGGAGAGAUUGAAGUCAUGGAAGAGGAAAUUCAAGCUUCUCUGUAAGCGUCACAUGAGAUGAGAGAAUGAGAGAGAGAUAUCAUCGACCCUGAAUGAGUCCCACACAUCUUCUUGAUUCUCAGCUCUGUUCUUUGCUCACCUCACUCAACAUCUUUGAUCUCUGUGCAUACUUUAUUUUAUUGGUUUUUUUUUUGUUUUUUCUGUUUU